GGAACUAAGUCUUCGCCUAUUUAAGCGGAACUCAUCAGGGCCUCAGCUAGUGUUGUGGUAUUGCAGCUUCUCCAUCUGCCAUCCUCACGGACCAGCACCCUGCCACAGCAAUGUGGGGAGCCUGCUUACUGCUGCUGGGCCUCAGCCUACAAGUUUGCCCGAACGUCAUCCCAGUGGAGGAGGAGAACCCGGUCUUCUGGAACCGAAAGGCGGCUGAGGCCCUGGAUGCUGCCAAGAAGCUGCAGCCCAUUCAGACGUCAGCCAAGAACCUCAUUAUCCUCAUGGGAGAUGGGAUGGGGGUGUCCACAGUAACUGCUACCCGGAUCCUAAAGGGACAGCAGCAAGGCCAUCUGGGACCUGAGACCCAGCUAGCCAUGGACCGCUUUCCACACAUGGCUCUGUCCAAGACCUACAACACAGACAAGCAGGUCCCGGACAGUGCAGGCACAGGCACGGCCUUUCUCUGCGGGGUCAAAACCAACAUGAAGGUCAUUGGCUUGAGUGCAGCUGCACGCUUCAACCAGUGCAACACAACGUGGGGUAACGAGGUCGUCUCGGUAAUGCACCGUGCUAAGAAAGCAGGAAAGUCUGUGGGAGUGGUGACCACCACGUCGGUGCAGCAUGCCUCUCCAGCCGGCACCUACGCCCACACGGUGAAUCGUAAUUGGUAUUCGGAUGCACAAAUGCCUGCCUCGGCGCUGCAGGAGGGUUGUAAAGACAUCUCUACUCAGCUCAUCUCCAACAUGGACAUUGAUGUGAUCCUUGGUGGUGGCCGCAAGUUCAUGUUUCCCAAGGGGACACCAGACCAGGAAUAUCCAACUGACACCAAGCAGGCUGGAACCAGGCUGGAUGGACGCAACCUAGUUCAAGAGUGGUUGGCAAAGCACCAGGGAGCCCGGUAUGUUUGGAACCGCUCAGACCUCAUUCAGGCAUCCCUGAGCCGAUCUGUGACACACCUCAUGGGCCUCUUUGAACCUAAUGACAUGAAGUAUGAAAUCUACCGAGACCCUGCUCAGGACCCUUCCCUGGCCGAGAUGACGGAGGUGGCCGUGCGCAUGCUCAGCAGGAACCCCAAAGGCUUCUAUCUCUUUGUGGAAGGGGGCCGCAUUGACCAUGGCCACCAUGAAACUGUGGCCUAUCGUGCCCUGACUGAGGCUGUCAUGUUCGACUCAGCUGUUGACAAGGCAGACAAGCUCACCAGUGAGCAGGACACGAUGAUCCUUGUCACCGCCGACCACUCUCACGUCUUCUCUUUUGGUGGUUACACACAGAGAGGGGCCUCCAUCUUUGGGCUGGCUCCCUUCAAGGCUGAGGAUGGCAAAUCCUUUACCUCUAUACUGUAUGGCAAUGGUCCUGGUUACAAGCUCCGUAAUGGCGCCCGGGCUGAUGUCACAGAGGAAGAGAGCAGCAACCCCACGUACCAGCAGCAGGCGGCUGUACCCCUGUCGUCAGAGACCCAUAGCGGGGAGGACGUGGCGAUAUUUGCGCGCGGCCCACAGGCGCACCUGGUGCACGGAGUGCAGGAGCAGAACUACAUCGCGCAUGUCAUGGCCUUCGCAGCCUGCCUGGAGCCCUACACGGACUGCGGCCUGGCAUCCCCUGCUGGCCGGAGCAGUGCAGUGAGCCCGGGCUACGUGUCCACCAUGCUGGGCCUGUUGGCAGGGAAAAUGUUGAUACUGAUGGCAGCGGCUGAACUCUGACUACCUAAGCUCACUGGACUCCACUUGUUGGCUUGUUCAGGGCCUUUCUGCCAGUACUGUUUUUUCUGGGCUCCAGUUGGAACCCCACUUCCUAAACUCAGCACUAACUUGGUUUGUCAGUCCU